AUGUCAUCGACGGAAUCGGAGUCGCUAUCAUUCCGCGACGUCGUGUUUCUCCCAUCCGAUGCCGCGCCGCCCUAUUCCCAAGACGAGCCCGACAGCCUGCACUCCGACUCCCCACGCAGCAAUCAACGCGACGCGGACGUCCUAAAUGAUCGACGAGGCGCAGACAUUAACGAGCAUCGCUGGGGCUUCUUAAACGAUCGGCGCGCAGACUUCAACGGUUCAAGCGUAGACUCCCGCGCCGCCGCUAUCGACAACUUGCCGCUACAGCCGUCCGAGAGCAACGGCGCCUCGUUAGAACCACCAGCCAUGCGCCUGCCUUCUUUUUCCUUCGCCACCGCGCCGCCAGUAGAAGCGCCGAGGAAACCAAACCCGCCUCACCAUGAGCGCGGCCCCGAGUCGGGGACCCAGAUAACAGCCGCUACAGAUAUCAUAAUCGAGAGUAGUGGUACUAGUCCACUUGACGCAUCCGAUUACGUAUUGGUGCGCCUUGACGGUCCCGAUCUGACCUUUCCUCUGCACACGACGCCGUCCGGCGUGCAACGAAAGCUCUCGCGAAUGCUGGCGAAAAAGCGCAGCGACGGCUGCGAAGUCCGCGAAGUGGCCAGUUCACCUUAUCACACCUCCCCGUCGCCCGACUCGGCCUCCCCUCAGUCGCUUUCCUUGAGCGCAGUUGUCGCGGCCGACGCGAGUCGCGCCGCCAUUCUGCCGCCAACGUACCUCGACCUCGCGUCGCCCCGCUGGAGAGUCGGCUUCAGCGGAAGCCGCAAUGUUCUGGGUCUCGCUGGGUGGCGCCGUGCCGCGGAUCUGCAGGUCAGUUCCCCCGCCGCGGGCUCCACUCAACGAGCCGCCGCCGCCGCCGCCGCCGCCGCCGCCUCCGCCACCGCUGUCGCCGCCGCCGCUGCCGCAACAGUGGCGAUGAAUUCCAGUCUCGGUUUUGGAUUGGGGGGUUGCGCGAGUCAACCGCUGGUGGCGGAGGAGGAGGAGGAGGAGGAGGAGGGGGAGGAUGAAGAAGAGGCGCGCGAGGCGAAGGGGGAGAUGAUGAACAGGGCGCUGCCCCGGGGGGGCCGUGCCGAUUCCGCAAGCCCGCGUUCUCCGCGCGAGUUCAGCCGGCAGAACGCGCACAAGUUUCCGCCACUGGUUGCGCUGAAAGAUGCGCAAGCGCUGGUGGAGCGGAUGAUGGGGGACGCGGAGGGCAGAACGGGGGGAAUCGACGGGGGCGCGGGGGAUGGAAAGGGGAAAAUCGGACUGUGGGAAAUCGUCAUGGACGGGUACGUGCGAAGAUCGAAACGCGUUUGCCAGUUCAGGUGCAGCGGGCGUGAUUCGACCCUUUCCCCUCGUCCAGCUGUCAUUAAAGUUGUGGACCACCUGCCUGACGUGGCAUAUGCUGACGUGUCAGUGGAGGGGAAGCCGUGGGAGCAGGCUGAGCUGGCAAUGAAGGAAUGGACAGCAACAGUUGCCAUGCUGAUGGCAGUGGUGCAAAAUGACGAUGACGUCACUGCCGCUUCUGCUGGUGCUCCUGCUGCUCCAGCUGGUGGUGCAGAGGAGGCACGGCAAGCUGAGAUGAAGAGCAUGGCAGAUGCGGAGGGGCCAUCUGACGUUGCCCCACCAUCGCCAUCGCCCCGCAUCCCACCCCUCUCCGUCACGCUUCCGCUCGACUCAUUUUCACGUCCUAGACAGCGCAAAGCCACGUCACCCUCUCAGCAGGCCUCCUCACCCUCUCAGCAGGCCUCGUCACCCUCUGAGCGUGCCACGUCACCCUCUCAGCGUGCCACGUCACCUUCAGAAGAGGCGUGCACCCUAGCAGACGCCCUGAAUGCUUCACAUCUGGAUGGACAUCCAAGCCCCUGCACUGGCCUGCGCAAGUCUCUGCUGCUCGCUGAAAUGUUUGUUGCUGCCCGCCGGUCUGCCCCUGUGUUCGAAGAAUACCUGGCAGGCAAGCCAAAGGGACACGUGGUGGCGUCUGAUUGGUCGACGCAGCUCCCAAGGCACCUGGCGGAGGGCGUGCUGGGGGCGUUUGAGUGGGUGGCUGUGGGGCUGGAGAGGGCGGCAGCAGCAGCAGCAGUGCCAACACGCACGAAGAUAUCUGCCAGGCAGCAGCUGGCCUCUCUCCUCUCACCGCGCCACCACAAGGUCACUCCGCUCGCCUCCCCCCGGAGGGCAUCCCCCCCGCUGCUCUCCCCCCGCAAGUCGUCCCCGCCGCCCGCCUCUCCGCGCGCCAGCUCACCCGUGGGCGGGCAGGGGGACCCGAAGCCGCUGCCCAUGGUGGUGCGCGUGGUGGGGCACGUGGGGGAGUAUGGCUGCUGGGACACUCCUGCUCCGUUCAUCCCUCCACCCGACCCUGAUGCGCCCACAGCUUCGGUCCGAACCUACGGAGGAGCCCUGGCAAGCAUCUUCAGGGAGUUUGGAGGAGGAGGGGGAGGAGUAGGAGGAGUGGGUGAGCAGGGUGUGACUAUAACGGGAGUGACUGAACGAAUCAUUGGGGCGCUUAUGGGGGUUGUGGAGGGGAAGGCGGCUGCAUGUGAUGAUGACGUCACCAGGGCACUGUUCAUGCUGAACAACGCAUGCGUCAUCCAGCAAGCCUGCCAGCGCUUCCCAUCGAUCAGCCCUGUGUCAGCCACGGUGGAGGACCACUCACAGGCCUUCCUGCUCGCAGCUACCAGGAGGCUAAUGCAGGCGCUGCCAUCCCCGGAAAAGAGCCUGAAGAUGAGCCAACGACACGUGGAGGAGAGGCUUUCCGAAUUCAACAAGGAGUUUGAGUCCCUCUCGCUGCAGCAGCUCUCCUGGCCAAUAGUGGACGACGAUUGCCGAGUUGCAAUGCGCAAGAGAUGGGCCGCUCACAUUGAAUCCGUCUAUAGCGAUUUUGUCGACCCUCACUUGUAA